AUGUCUCAACAAGAAAAUUCAAAGCCUGAAGAACAAAUGAUCAAAGAUGAUAAUGCAUUAAAAAAGAAAAGCACUACAGGUGCACCCAAAAGACAAAAGAUUGUCAAGGCUUGUAAAGACUGUCGAAGAAGAAAGGUCAAAUGUGAUGGUGGAUCACCUUGCAGUACUUGCAGAAGAUCAUCUAUUCAAUGUGUAUUUGAGACAACUUCACCUAAACGAGGCGCAACAAAGCAUUAUAUUGAGUCACUAGAGAACCGCAUCCAUGUGAUCGAAAGGGCCUUAAACUCACUCGGGGCCCAACAAUGCAACUAG